CCGACCCAAAUCAUCGUCAAACACAUUAUGCUUGUCGCCAUGUCUCGAGUGAUCAUUGCGUUGGUUCUGGUCCUAUGCUGCGCUCUGACGGCGUCCGCUGUCAACUUUCAACGUACCAUCGUCGCCAUCUCCAAGUACACCGACUGGGGUCAGAACAUCUUUCUUCGGGGAGGACAUGGUGAUGAGAGCAUCCGCAUCAGACAUGAGGUAAAGACCCAGUAUCCCCAAGGCUUUUUCGAUCAGACCUCCGAAGGGGACCUCUAUCUGGGAUGGGGAGGCGCCGAGGAGACUCAGGGCAGAUACAACAGGAACACGGUUGCCCAGGGCACUCCUAUGAUGCACACAACAAAUGACCACUCCUUCGACCACACGAACUCAUCCCUCCUCGGUCUCGUCGGAGAGAGUCUUUGGCUGGCUGAUCUCUACAUGGAUUGUGACCAGACCGACAAUGGAUGGUUCGACUUCAAGGGUUACAUGGUGGAUCUCCGACCAGGCUUCAACAGCGAAGGAUGGGAACAUUACAUCGGAGAAACCACCUGCAACGUUGACGGCGACGACGUGGACGUUCCAAACACCGGCAACCACCACGCCAAGUGCGGCUACUUCAACCUUGGAAUCUGGAAUAACGGUCAAUGCUGGGCGAAGAAGCUGGAUUACCAAACAAUGCUGUUCCGGAGUGCAUGGUCGGAAUCCUAGUCUGAGGUUCCACUUCUCAGAUGGCGAACCAAAUGUACCUUUUGCAGAUUCGACCCAUGACGGCUUAACUAUUUAUACGACAACUUGGCAUUAAUCCUUGAAUUAUUAUUUCGUAAAAAGCAAAUAUAUUUCGAUUUUGAAUUGUGCUUGAAUGUGAGUGCCCUGAAUAAACUCCUAGUGUAGAAUCUC